AUGGAAUCGGCAAAUAAAGAUGUGCAGGAAUUGCAUCGUAAGACAGAAACUGUUCAUAAAGUUGUACAUAGGCAGAAAGCGAAGAAAACUCAGAAAGUUCCCAAUAGGCAGACAAAAUGUUGUCAUUGUUACAGAUCUAAUCACAACGCAAAAGACUGUAGAUUUAAAAAUGCUUCAUGCUUUCAGUGUAAAGGCAAGGGACAUAUAGUACCUGCUUGUCCCCAAAAGCAAAAGAAAGACUUCAAAGUCCACAAUGUUGAUGAAGAAUCAUCCGAUGAAAUUGAAGAUUGUCUGUAUAGUAUGGAGGUGGACGCAAAGCGGCGUGCAAGGUCUGGGCCGAUUUGGGUAAACCCUGCAAUAAAUGGCAAAGUGGUGAAGAUGGAACUAGAUACAGGGUCGGGUGUUUCAGUGAUAUCAAAGAGGGACUUUCAGAAAUUGUUCCCAAAUAAGAGACUGUUACCGACCAAGUUGGUACUGAAAACAUACAGUGGUGAGCAAAUCAAUCCUUGCGGAAUUAUGAAAUGUAAAGUAACAUUAAACGAACAAGCAGAAGUUUUAGAUCUGUAUGUGGUGGAAAACGAAAAUAGACCAUUAUUUGGAAGAGAAUGGUUGAAAGUACUGAAACUAGAUUGGUCUUCAAUUAAAACUUUGCAAGUAGAUAAUGCAGAAGUAAAAGUCAAGGCAUUAAAAGCAAAAUACAAAUCAGUCUUUAGCAAAGAUUUAGGCACAGUGAAAGGAGUCAAAGCACAUUUGAAAGUGAAAGAAAACACAACACCAAAGUUUGUGAAAGCUAGAACUGUUCCAUUUGCGAUGAAGCCCAAGAUUGAAAAGGAACUAGAGAAAUUAGUAGAUGAUGGGGUAUUGGAGAAAGUAACUCACAGCCAGUGGGCUACACCAAUAGUUCCAGUGCCAAAGCCAAAAGAUGAUAGUAUAAGAAUUUGUGGUGACUUUAAAGUUACUGUCAAUCCAGUAUUGGACAUUGAUCAUUAUCCAUUACCGCGGAUUGAAGAGAUCUUCGCAUCUUUGGGGAAGGGCAAGAAAUUUACGAAGAUUGAUUUGAAAAAUGCAUAUCUUCAGAUAGAAGUAGAUGAUGACAGCAAAGAAAUGUUAACAAUCAGUACGCACAAAGGACUUUUCCGGUACAACCGUCUUGUCUUCGGAAUCGCAUCAGCGCCUGCGAUUUUCCAGAGAAAUAUUGAACAGAUCAUGGCGGAUAUUCCUGGGGUUCAAAUAAUCCUGGAUGAUAUGAUCAUAACUGGAGAAACAAGUGAAUUACACUUACAAACACUAGGGAGAGUGCUUCAGAGACUUGAAGAGUACAACCUUAGGGUAAAUGAGGGAAAAUGCGAAUUCUUCAAGGACAAAGUUCAAUUUUGCGGCCAUGAGAUUGAUUCUCAUGGUCUGCAUAAGACUGGUGAAAAGAUGCGUGCAAUUGUUGAUGCACCAGAGAUCACGAAUGUGAAACAGUUGAGGGCAUUUCUUGGCAUAGUGCAAUAUUAUGCCAGGUUCCUACCUAAUCUGGCGACAAUUCUUCACCCACUUCACCAGUUGCUGAAGAAGGACGUGAAAUGGAAAUGGACGCCUAAAUGUGAAGAUGCUGUCAAAACUGUUAAAACCAUGAUAACAUCGAACCUGGUACUGAUGAAUUUUGACCCCACAAUACCAGUUAUUCUAGCAUGUGAUGCCAGUGCAUAUGGACUUGGAGCAGUGCUAAGUCACAAACUUCCGGAUGGUACAGAGAGACCAAUUGCUUUCGCAUCCAGAACUUUAAAUUCGGCUGAACAGAACUACAGUCAGAUUGACAAAGAAGCUACAGCGUUGGUUUGGGGAGUGAAAAAGUUCCACACGUACUUGUAUGGAAACAAGUUCACCCUGGUUACAGAUCACAAGCCUCUUUUAGCAAUAUUCAGUCCCAGGAAAGGACUCAGUUCAACAACCGGGGCCAGGCUCCAACGAUACGCACUGUUUCUCUCAGGAUAUAUCUACGAUAUCCAGUACAAAAGCACAACAUCUCACGGUAAUUGUGACAGCUUAUCGCGUCUACCAUUGAAGGAGACUGAAAUAAACAAGCUUGAUGCAACAGAAGAGUUCUUGAACUCACUCAUUGAUAAGUUACCUGUGACCUGUUCUCAGAUAGCUAGUGCUACAAGAAAAGACCCUGUUUUGUCCAAAGUGUAUGAAAUUGUAUCUACAGGAAGCAUUGGGGUCGAUACUUCAGACUUGGAAUUGAAACCAUAUUUGAACAGGCGAACAGAGUUAUCUCUCCAUCAGGGGUGUGUUAUGUGGGGAAAUCGUGUGAUAAUUCCGAGUUCCUUGAGAAAUCAAGUAAUGGAAGAGCUUCAUUCGGGUCAUGUUGGUAUUGUGAAAAUGAAGUCACUUGCCAGAAGUUAUGCCUGGUGGCCAAAUCUCGAUUCAGAGUUGGAAGAACUAACAAAACACUGCUCUGGAUGUAUGGCUAAUAGGCCAAGUCCUAAAGAAUCACCAAUUCACCCUUGGGAAUUUCCAAAGAAACCAUGGAGUAGGGUGCACAUAGACUUUGCAGGUCCAUUCAUGGGAUAUAUGUACUUAGUUCUUGUUGAUGCAUAUUCCAAGUGGCCAAUUGUUAAAAUAAUGAAAAAGACCACAGCUGGCCAUACCAUUGAUGUGCUGAGAGCUAUAUUUGCGGACUAUGGUGUGUGUGAUGAACUAGUGAGCGACAAUGGCCCGCAAUUUGUAAGCGAAGAGUUUCGCCAUUUCUUGCGAAUGAAUGGUGUUAAACAAACAUUUAGUGCGCCAUAUCAUCCUCGUACAAACGGGCUAGCUGAGAAGUUUGUUCAAACUUUGAAACAGGCUUUAAAAGCUGCGAAGCAUGACCAAGGUACAAUAGCAAUAAAGGUUUCGAAGUUUUUGCUACAAUACAGAAAUGCGGAACAUGCAACUACGAAAGAGUCGCCUGCAAAACUGUUCUUGGGUCGUUCGCUUGUUACAAGACUUGACAAAAUCAAGCCAAACCUACAGAAGCGCGUUGAAAGUGAACAGGCUAAAAUGGUUCGUUCGGUUAAUGACAGACAAUUUGACAUUGGUCAAAGUGUGGCUGUACGGGAUUAUCGAGCGGGAAGAGACAAAUGGGUUUCUGGUAAAAUCGAUAGCAAAACUGGUCCUGUUUCGUAUACAGUGGAAAUUGUUCCUGGUGUUACUUGGCGUAGGCAUGCUGACCAAAUUCGUGCUUCAUCGGAGAAUGUUCCAGUCACGCGUGAUGUGUUGAUCCCUAUUUUACCUAUUACUGAUACUCCGAUUCAAGUACCUGCAAGUGCUAGUGCAGGAGUGGUUCCAGCAGCUUCUAGUCCCACUCUACCACAGGCACCGAUGACUGCAACUACAGGGACAACCCCAGACAAGUCUCCAGAUGUAGUUCCUGAGCGUCGGUAUCCAGUGCGAGAAAGAAGAACACCUGUUAGACUUGAUUUAUAA